UAAAUGGUCAAAGAAAUAAAAAUAGUGAUUUUCAAUCAAUUUCAAACAAUGUAUUAAUAAUGAAUGGUGAUGAAAAGCAAACAAUUUUAUCGACAAAAUCGCCUAAUGAUGAUUCGAAUUCAUCAUCCAAAAAUGAUUCGAAUAUUGAUCCAACAAAAGCAACAGAAGAACAAUUGUUGCUGCUAAGUGGACGUCUGUCAGAUCAUUUGCCACAAUUUUUUCAAAAACCACAUGAAUUUCGUCUCUAUAAUCGUAACAUUAUAUUCGAAGAUAAUAUUCGUAAUGUUCGUACCGAAGGUAUGAAUGGAUAUGCAUGGCAAAUAGCAAAGAUUAAAAUGGGUGCACAUUUAAAAUAUGGUAAAGUUGCAUUCAAUGUAUUAAAAUUAACAAAACACGUUGAAGAUUCUACCAUAAAAAUACGUUGGCGUAUCGUUUCGUAUCCUGGUAAUCGAAUCGUGUUAGCUUUCUGGAAAUUUAAACUAUGGAAUGCAAAAGAAUCAUUGGAAAAAUAUAAAGAUGAAUGGAUCGAUGGAUUUUCCAUACUUUAUGUCGGUGGUGAUGGAUUGAUUUAUCGUCAUGUUUGUGAUAAAGUUAUGCCCGAUACGGAUGAAAUUGAAUCGAAUAAAACGACAAAAGGAUUGGCAGCCAAAUUAGGUGUAGUAUGAUGAUAGAAUAUAUGGAAAACAUUUAUUAUUAUUAAAAAUAAUUUUGUUAAUAAAUUACAAUCAAUAAUUAAAUUUGAAUUAAGUUAGA